AUGGCUCCUAACAACGUCUUGUUGCUUGUUGCAGACGAUUUAGGAAAACAACUUGGCUGUUAUGGCAAUUCAUAUAUCAAAACACCAAAUAUUGAUAGACUUGCUGCACAAGGCACCAGGUUCGACAAGGCAUUUGCGAGCACGGCAUCGUGCAGUGGUAGUCGAUCCACCCUGUACACUGGCUUUCACACGCAUCAAAAUGGACAAUAUGGACUGAACAGCGGAAAACACCACUUCAUGACGUUCGACCACAUCGAGACUGGCCCAGCCCUACUCGCCAAGUCUGGGGUUCGUACUGGUAUUAUUGGUAAAAUUCAUGUUGGACCGGAUGCCGUGUAUCCAUGGGAAUGGAGAGCUGAAAGCCUGACACGAGAUGUAUGGUGGUCUUCUCGGCGCGCCGCCGAAUUUUUCCAGGCGUCCAAAGAAGACAAACGACCAUUUAUGCUGACGGUGGGGUACCAUGACCCUCACCGCGACCGUACGCGCGGCGGCUUUGGCAAUGAUGAACUAGUUGAUGAGAGAAUCAAGAGCGUCAAGUACCAACCUGAGAAUAUGGUCGUUCCCAGCUUUCUAUCCGACACCCCAGGUGUAAGGCAGGAGCUUGCGAACUAUGCAGAAGCAAUCAGUCGACUAGACCAAGGCAUCGGUAUGAUUCUCGAUGAGCUGGAUGCCUCUGGUUUUGCAGACAACACCAUGGUCAUCUUCAUCAGCGAUAAUGGCCCACCCUUUCUAAACUCAAAAACGACGCUUUAUGACGCUGGCAUAUGCCUUCCGCUCAUUGUCAGAAGGCCUGGCUCAAAGCCGUCUGUCAAUGUUAACCUAGUGUCUUACGUCGACGUUCUGCCUACAAUCCUUGAUUGGAUUCUGGGGCCAAACUCGCUAGCAUUGAAAAAGGACCUCUCCGGUCGGUCAUUCGAAAAGCUGAUAGGUGAACACCAAGAGCUUCCUGAAUGGGAUCAUGUUUUCGGUUCUCACACCUUUCACGAGUCCACCAACUACUGGCCGACGCGAUACAUCCGAACCAGACGGUACAAAUACCACCGUAAUAUUGCCUGGAGACUAGACUUUCCUUUUGCCAAUGACAUCUACGGCUCACUUACAUGGGAGGACAUUCGCAACGCCGAAGAUAACCCGAAAAUGAUUGGACAGAGGCAAUUGAAAGACUAUUUCUUUCGUCCAGCGGAGGAGCUCUAUGAUUUGUUGGAUGAUGCAAAUGAGGUGAGGAAUCUGGCCAAAGAUCCGCAGCACCAAACAAUAAUUGAAGGGCUACGACAGAGAUUGGAGGACUGGCAAAGACGAACAAACGACCCAUGGCUAUACCGUGACGGGAUCUCUAUACUCCUUAACAAGCAUCACCUUGAUGCUGGACUAGUGGUUCCUGACAAGUGGGAUCUUGACAUUGAAAACCCGGAGACAAAGACAGAAGGGCUCAAAUUGUAUCAGAACUUACCUUUUGGUGUGACGGGAGCUAAGUUCUGA